AUGGAAGUGACGGACUUGAAUGAAUUGCUGAGUGUGCGUUCAAUUAAAAUGGAAACGGGAAAUAAUUUCGUUGAUGACGAAAAUGUUGACGACGGUGAUGCCUUAUCGAUAAUUCCCCAAUAUGUAACAGAGUCAGACUUGGGUCUAAUUCAAACUGGUUCAGAGAUCUUAGAAGCUGCACCACUAGAAGUCUUUGCAGAUACACCAGAAGAUGAAGAUGCUCUUCCCAGCACAGAUACUUUUGAAGAAAUAGUACAAAUAAUGGAUAUUAGAACAAGGUUGUCACAGUUAAGGACAAUGCUGGAGCAAAGACUGAAUUUAAAUCUAUCUGAUUAUACUUUUUGGCUGCAAGAUGCAAAAAUGUUGGAAAGCCACAAAACACUAGUUGAACAAUGUAUUAGAGGAUCCGGCGUUGUUCAAGUGAACAUACAACUUCACCCGGCUCAGAAAAAGAUAAAUAUCGUCGAUGUAUUAAAGCCUGAUGAUGAAUUGCUCCAUUUACCGACGGUUGAAGAUGACCUCGAAACAGAAUCAGUCCCAAUACCAGAAACGCACGUAGCUGAGGAGGUAGAAACUGUUCAGGAAAUGGAAACUAAUGAGGCGGAGGUGUCUCCGCCACACGCGGUAGCUGUGAAGUGGUUUGUGGAUGAACACUUCAAAUCUGAACAUGCUAAGGCGAAAAUACCAGAUGAUCCUUUGAAUUGGUCGGUACAACACGUCAAGCUCUGGAUACAAUGGGCCGUGCGACAAUUCAAUUUGACAGGUGUAAAACUCUCCGCGUGGAAUAUCACCGGACGGGAUCUUUGCAAUAUUACACAUUUGGAUUUUAAAGAAAAAGUUCCAUCCGAUCCAGGUGAUCUAUUUUGGACGCAUUUAGAACUUUUAAGGAAAUGUAAAUUUAUUGCUGUGAUACAAAAUAACGAAGCGCCUCAAACCAAAGAAGUAUUAGGAACGCCACAAUGCGCUAUCAAGAGGAAACCGAAUAAGGUAAUAAUAUGUCCGCCAAAUAGUGAAGACUGGUCCCGUAUGUCGCCUAGAACGGGCAAUAACGGGCAAGUGCAAUUAUGGCAGUUCCUGCUCGAACUGCUCACCAGUGCUGAACACUAUGACCUUAUUCGGUGGGAAGGUACAAGUGGUGAGUUCAAACUCUUAGAUCCUGAAAGAGUAGCGACGUUAUGGGGUAUACGGAAACACAAGCCGGCGAUGAAUUAUGAGAAAUUAUCGCGCGCUUUACGAUACUACUAUGACGGGGACAUGAUCGCCAAGGUACCUGGAAAGAGGUUCGUCUACAAAUUUGUCUGCGAUUUGCGGCAAUUAUUAGGAUACGAUGCGGCAGAGCUGGCAGAACUAGUUAAGGAGCUUCACGAUACAAUGACAAACUCGUAA